ACACGCCCCACUACCAAAUUUACCAAAUGCCAUUCACAUAUUUCUAUUUCCCACCCCUUUUAAAUCCUGCAUAAGCCACACCAAGUCACCAAAUCAUCAACAACAACAAGGCGCGAGGGGCAAAAACGUAACUUCAUCCACUUCGCCGGUAAAAUGACUUCCGACGCCGGAGUUCCGCUACUACCGACGAAUCGUGGGAUCGAGAAAAGAAGAAUUGGUGAAGAAGCGUCGGUUUCUGGAGCGGUUUUUAAUGUGUCAACGAGCAUUAUAGGUGCCGGAAUUAUGUCAAUUCCGGCGACGUUGAAGGUGCUCGGAGUUGUUCCGGCGUUUUUUCUCAUUGUAAUCGUCGCAUUUUUGUCGGAUUUAUCUGUGAACUUAUUACUUCGGUUUACAUACUCCGGCGACCCGACGGCAUUUCCCGGUGAAACAGCGACGUAUGGCGGUGUUAUGAGAGAGUCUUUUGGCUGGGUGGGAGCAUUACUUGUUCGGCUGUCUGUGAUUAUCUCUAAUUGGGGUUGCUUGAUCGUUUAUUUGAUUAUCUUAGGGGAUGUUCUCUCUGGAAGCGAGCACGAGGAGUCCCUCCAUUUGGGCGUUUUACAAGAGUGGUUUGGAUCUCACUGGUGGAAUGCUCGGCCUUAUGCCCUUCUCUUUGUUGUCAUCUUCAUUCUUCUCCCUCUAGUCCUUUACCGGCGUGUUGAAUCCUUGAGUUUUUCCUCUGCAGUAGCUGUUUUCCUUGCUGUGGUGUUUGUUGGUAUUAGCUUCGUCAUGGCAAUCUCCGCACUUUUUCAAGGAAAAACUCAGAAACCUAGACUGUUUCCUGACUUGGAUAGUCAAUCCUCAUUCUUCAACCUCUUCACUGCUGCCCCAGUAAUUGUGACGGCAUUCACAUUUCACUUCAAUGUCCAUCCGAUAAGCUCAGAACUUGGCAAGCCAUCUAAAAUGAAAACAGCAACAAGAAUUUCUCUCAUACUUUGUGCUGUCAUCUACUUCUCUGUUGGAUUCUUCGGGUACCUUCUGUUUGGGGAGUCCAUUGCAUCCGACAUACUUGUAAACUUUGACAGGUCUUCUGCGAGCCCUUUUCUGAAUGAUGUGGUACGAUUAAGCUAUGCUCUUCACCUUGUGCUAGUCUACCCUCUGCUUAACUUCUCUCUGAGGGGGAACAUAGAUGAACUCCUGUUCCCUAAGAAGCCUGUUUUGGCUAAAGAUAACAUCAGAUUCAUUUCUUUGACUUCAGUACUAUUGGUCUUAUCCUACUUAGCUGCAAUUGCUAUUCCAGAUAUAUGGAUUUUCUUUCAGUAUGUUGGUUCGACUACUAUUGUUUCAAUAGCAUUCAUCUUCCCUGCUGCCAUAACUUUAAGAGAUGUUCGUGGUAUAUCUUCAACAAAAGAUAAAGUUAUUGCCAUGAUAAUGAUGAUUUUGGCAGUAGUUACAAGUACGAUUUCUAUUGCGACUAAUAUUUCCAAUGGAACCAAGUCUUAGAAUUGCCCUCUUAACCCAUGAUUUUGGGGCUAGAAUUGUAUGCAUUGAGUGUAGUUUGAUUGUGAUAUGGAGUAUGUGUUUCUAGUGUCGAUGUAUAUGAAAUGGGAAUGCUGUAAAAGCGUCUGAUCGAGCUAUUCUUUUGUAGAUGUAUGUAAAUCCAUGGCCUUGUUCCAUCUUGGAAUUAUGGCUUUGUCUAUGUGUAAUGCAACAGUAUUGGUCAAUCUGCAGGAUAUGAAAGGGCAAUAGAUUUUUGAAUUUCUA